ACGCAACAAUACUACCUUACACCCGCCUAUCAAUACACCCGUCCUUUCUUCGCGCUCAAACUUCGACCCCAAAAUCUCCACCGCACUAGUUAUAUUACCACAAAACACAACUGCUCAAGAUGUCUUUCCUCUUCGGCGGGAAGCCACAGCUCUCUUCUGAGCAGAAGAUUGCGCAAGCAGAGGCGGAAAUCGAUAUGGUGUCCGACAUGUACAGCCGGUUGCUUAAAUCCUGCACUGCGAAGUGCAUCGACCCGGCGUAUCGCGAGGCCGAUCUCAACAAGGGCGAAUCCGUCUGCCUCGACCGCUGCGUCGCAAAGUUCUUUGAGGUCAAUGUCAAGGUCAGCGAGAAGAUGCAGGGCGAGGCCCAAGGAAGACAAGGUGGUGGCGGUGCAAUGUUCGGCGGCGGUAUGUAAGGAUUGAAUAUGAUGGUGGCAUAGGAAGGGAGAGGAUUGGAGAAGGAACACAAUUCAAGACAAAAGGUGGAGGAACCUCUGCGCGAGACGCGUAUACGAAUAUGGAUGGGAACGUAGCGGGGAGCAUGUGCAUACUCCGCUUUUGGUUCGGCGUCUUGAGGUCACUGUUAGGCAUGGGAACUUGUACUAUAUAUGGGUUUUGUUUGGAUCUAUCGGGUCGGAAAAAAUCAAUCGGACCAUCGAAGCUCUCUUGGCGAGCAGCCGUUCCAGUGUGAUGCCAUGACAUGAAUGCUCUGCGACUCGUAGAGAGAAGACGGGCCGUGUUCUGCCUUGGUGCUCACAGUCAUAAUGCUCCAAGUGCCGCACAAUGUAUGUGCGUGACGGAGCAUCGCGUAAGAAAGCAAAUGCAAACCCAUGUUGAUU